AGGCUGGGCACGGUGGGAAGAGAGGCCUGGGAGAAAGGCACGGGUGGUUGGAAGGGUGAGAAGUUUUGGGUAAGGCCUGGAGACAAGCAGUGAUGGGGUCCCAGGUGGAAGAAUGGACGGGAGCCGGGCAGGCUCACAUUGCAAGGUAGAGAAAACGCAAGAGGAGAUUGGGACGGGAUGGGCGUGCUUCGAAAGAACUGGGUUUUAGCCUUCUGCACAGCGCUGGCCACACCCUUCCAGGUGAGCCUGCUCAGGUACCCAAGACCGUCUCUGCCCCAGCCCUCCCUCUCGCUUUUUCAGUUCAUCCUCCCCACCCCCGCUAGGACUGGAAAAAGGUAGAAAAGGUGGAGAACGCCACCCCCCACUCUCUCCGCUGCGCUCCGGGCUGUUUGCUUGCAGCUCCCAGGUGGUCACGCUCCCUGCACCUGCGGAGCUAGGUCCCAGGCAUGUGAGGAACCGAAGGAGCCUGUUUCCUACUUCGUCCUGGGUACUCCUGAGGCCACUCCAUGGUCCUGUCAUGACUGUCCCUCUCCCCUUGAACGAGUUCUCGAUCUGGGAGAAAACAGUGUCUCCGUUAGCUGACCUACCUCCAGUCCUCAAACAAGUCCUCCUAUUGGGGUUAGGGUAGGCGGUUGGUUAGGUAGGAACCUGACACUGGGUGAGAGAUCAGCAUCUCCUACUGCUCUUUUCUUUCCAACCACUUUCCCUCAAUUCCCUUGCUGGAAAACUGGCUUCAUCCUGAUCCUGAUCUCUGCCUGUGCAGGUGGUUAGUUAUCUUUUACCACUUCUGUUCCAGCUGAGUCCAAAUUCACUGCUGGAGCGCUGGAUGGCACCUUUUUUUGUCCUCUGUGACAUUCCCAAUUUUAGAUAAUGCCUCACAUCUCUGUCCCCCCGGGAGCCCCUGGAGCCCCCAUGAUCCCGAAGAAGACAGCUUGAACCUAGACCUCACCCAGGAUGUUGCGGAGGCUGCUGGAGCGGCCCUGCACGCUGGCCCUGCUUGUGGGCUCCCAGCUGGCUGUCAUGAUGUAUCUGUCACUGGGGGGCUUCCGAAGCCUCAGUGCCCUAUUUGGCCGAGAUCAAGGGCCGACAUUUGACUAUUCUCACCCCCGUGAUGUCUACAGUAACCUCAGUCACCUGCCUGGGGCCCCUGUUGCCCCAGGGGGUCCUCCAGCUCCUCAAGGUCUGCCCUACUGUCCAGAACGAUCUCCUCUUUUAGUGGGCCCUGUGUUAGUGUCCUUCAGCCCAGUGCCAUCACUGGCAGAGAUUGUGGAGCGGAACCCCCGGGUGGAACCUGGGGGCCGAUACCGCCCUGCAGAGUGCGAGCCACGCUCUCGAACAGCCGUCAUUGUGCCCCAUCGUGCCCGGGAGCAUCACCUGCGCUUGCUGCUCUACCACCUGCACCCCUUCUUACAGCGCCAGCAGCUUGCUUAUGGCAUCUAUGUCAUCCACCAGGCUGGAAAUGGAACAUUUAAUAGAGCAAAGCUGCUGAAUGUUGGGGUACGGGAGGCUCUGCGUGAUGAAGAGUGGGACUGUCUGUUCUUGCAUGAUGUGGACCUUUUGCCAGAAAAUGACCACAAUCUGUAUGUGUGUGACCCCCGGGGACCCCGCCAUGUUGCUGUUGCCAUGAACAAGUUUGGAUACAGCCUCCCAUACCCGCAGUACUUUGGAGGUGUCUCAGCGCUCACUCCUGACCAGUACCUGAAGAUGAAUGGCUUCCCCAAUGAAUACUGGGGCUGGGGUGGUGAGGAUGACGACAUUGCUACCAGGGUGCGCCUCGCUGGGAUGAAGAUCUCUCGCCCCCCAACAUCUGUGGGACACUACAAGAUGGUGAAGCAUCGAGGAGAUAAGGGCAAUGAAGAAAAUCCCCACAGAUUUGACCUCCUGGUCCGUACUCAGAAUUCCUGGACACAAGAUGGAAUGAACUCAUUGACAUACCGAUUGCUGGCUCGAGAACUGGGUCCUCUUUAUACCAACGUCACAGCAGACAUUGGGACUGACCCUCGGGGUCCCCGGGGUCCCUCUGGCCCCCGUUACCCACCUGGUUCUUCCCAAGCCUUCCGUCAAGAGAUGCUGCAGCGCCGGCCCCCAUCCAGGCCUGGCCCUCUACCUACUGCCAACCACACAGCCCUCCGUGGUUCACAUUGACUCCUCCUUCCUCCCAACUUAAUCAUGAAACUGAAUUUGAGGGGUUGUAUUCUCUCCCUACCCCAACUCCUCACUACUCUUAGAGGGAUGUGGGAGAACUGAACUCUAGUGCUAUACUGGGGGACAGGGGUCUCUCCUCACUGCUGGACUGGAGCUGGGCUCCUCUAGACCUGUGGGUCCCUCUUUCUAGGGUCUCUGCAGGGCUUAUGACUGUGAAUCCUUAAUAUCAUGAUUUUAUGUGAUGGGCUGGACCCCAAGCCCCUUCCUCUUCCAUGGAGAGAAGAGUGAUCUGGCUUCUCCUGGGAAGUUGUUUGGUGAAGGAAACCCCUCCCUGGGCAAUUUGUGCCAGUGUUGGGGUAGCUCCCUCACUGGCCCUAGCUCAGAGGGCUGGGAUUUUGAUAUAUUUUCUAAUAAAGGACAUUGUUGUCUUGC